AGUUUUUCACCUCAACAAAGAGGGAACUCCGGUGUGUCUCCUUUCUCUCCAAGUCGUCUCCCAAACCUGUCUUUACCAACCGAAAAACUCAACAUGGUAUCAGAGCUUCAAUGAUCUUGAGGGACCUCUGAUAGUGAUUUUGAGAGAACACCCGAAAAAAAAAACCCAAAAAAAUACCCACCUUUCUAAAUGGAUUCCAGUAGGUUCGUUGUGAAAUCCCUCUUCCAUUUUUUAGCCAAAUCACUUAGCAAGUGAUGAAGGCAUAUGGUAGGCCCACUAUAGCUCAAGAUCAAGCAUAGUGAGGAGAUGGUGUGAAGAGGCAAGUUGGGCCAACGAAGAGAAGGUGUUCAUGAUCUCUACAGCAAGCAGUCCAAAGGGAAAAAAGAAUGUAUGUCAAGGAUGCAGCCUGAGAAAGGAAGAAAAGUCAGAGCAUGCAUCAAAUGCUGUUCACUAAAAGUGGAAUCUGAUUAAUGACCCCAAGGAAGCUGUAGAAGAUGAAAAAAGAUGAUGAAGCAGCACUUUGAGGUACCAAUUCAUUGUUUUAUUUACUCAGAAAAAGCAAUUUAGUUGCAAAACCUCCAAAAUUUGUUUGAGGCAGCAAAAUAGCAAAAUCCAAAGAAGUAAAGCUGUAAUGAAGGAGGAGCUGAGGUUGGUUGAGAAGGAUACUACGCGGCUGUGAAAAAAAAAAAAGUGAAAACCAAGCACAAGCUGGACAGCAAAGGGCUGAUCCCAAGUGCUUAGGCAUAAAUGUUCUGAUUUUACAGCUUUAACACCAAGGAGGAAUGUUGGAGUUGUGGUGUUCAAGCUGCCAAAGUAGCAGCAAAUGAAAUUGAAAGGCUGCACAAAAUGGUAGCAAAUGAGAGCUGCACCAAAGCACGGUAGUAGCAUAGUGCAGCAAGCUAUGCUGCAAAUGUUGAUGAAAUGAGGAUGAAAUGAGGCUGUAAGAAAUGCAACUGAAAGGCUGCAAGUAGCAGCAAGUACAGCCACAUGGAGCCGCACAAAAUGGCAGAAAAUCUUCUUAAUGUAAUCUUGCUUUUAAAUGUUAGAUUUUCUUGUAUUAGAUAAAUAUUAGUAAGAAAAUUACUAUUAUGAG